AGAGAAGAGUGAUUCAGCAUUGUAGUUUUGAUUCUAAUAAUGGAAAUUAUGCUGCUUGAUCUGUUCAUGAUAUAUUUUAUAUUCAUGGUUAUUUUCUUUUUACAUUUUUUUUUUUUUGAAAAAAAAAGAAGAAACUUUGAGGGAAUCAUUGGUGGUCCGGAAAUUCUAAAGCUGAAAGCAAUAGAAAAGAUUGAAACUUUAAUGGUUGCCGCUAGAUUUUGCGGUGUCUUUUUCUUUAUAUUCAAUGCAUAUGGGUUGGUCGGUUUUUACAUGUUUGUCAGAAUGGUAGAUUCAAGAUUAGGCCACUGGUUAAAACUCCUGGUUUCUCUGAUGUUAUUGCUGAAAACACAAGGGCUUUAUGUAGGAAUUACUUACGUAAAGAGUGCAGUGGCCAAAGGAGCUGUUUGUUUGGAUGGAAGCCCGCCGGCUUACCACUGGGAUAAAGGGUUUGGUACAGGCAUUAAUAGUUGGUUGAUACAUUUUGAGGGAGGAGGAUGGUGCAACAAUGUCACGAGCUGCCUUUCCCGUAAGAAAACUCAUUUAGGUUCAUCGAAGCUAAUGGGACAGCAAAUUGCUUUCUCUGGGAUUAUGAACAACAAGCGGCCGUUUAAUCCAGAUUUUUACAAUUGGAAUAGAGUUAAGAUCAGAUACUGUGAUGGGUCAUCGUUUACCGGUGAUGUGCAGGCAGUCAAUCCUGCUACUAAUCUUCACUUCAGAGGAGCUAGGAUUUGGCUUGCUGUCAUUGAGGAUCUAUUACCAAAAGGAUUGAAAAAUGCUGAAAACGCUCUUCUUUCUGGCUGUUCAGCUGGUGGAUUGGCUUCCAUUUUGCAUUGCGACAGUUUCCGUGCACUCCUACGUAUGGGCACUAAAGUAAAAUGCCUUUCAGAUGCUGGUUAUUUUAUCAAAGUGAAGGAUGUCUCCGGAGCCCCGCAUGUGCAGACCUACUUUAAUGAAAUUGUGACAUUACAUGGAUCUGCAAAAAAUCUGCCCCUGUCCUGCACUUCAGUGCUGAAACCCUCAUUCUGUUUCUUCCCACAAUAUGUGGCUCCACAAGUACGAACGCCACUUUUCAUUCUUAAUGCAGCCUACGAUUCAUGGCAGAUAAGAAACAUUUUGGCACCGAGUAUUGCUGAUCCCCUUGGCGUCUGGAAGAGCUGCAAGCUAGACAUAAACAACUGCUCACCUCUUCAACUCAAAUCUAUGCAAGAUUUUAGGUUGCAGUUUCUGAAUGCAUUGAAUAAAUCAACCAACUCUUCAUCUAGAGGAUUGUAUAUAGACUCUUGCUAUGCCCACUGCCAAACUGAAACACAAGAGAAAUGGUUCAUGGAAGACUCCCCAGUGCUUGGUAAAAAGAAAAUUGCAAAGGCAGUUGGAGAUUGGUUUUAUGAUCGGAAUCCAUUCCAAAAGAUUGAUUGUCCUUACCCUUGCAAUCCAUCUUGCCAAAACAGUGGUUUGGCUCCACCAGACAACCCAGAAAAGAAACCGCCAAACGGGUCUGCAGCAUCAGUCAAUAUGAGUACGUUAUUGUGCGGGUUACUAAUGCUAAUGGGAGUGAUGUUGCCAUGAGAAUCAGUUUGUGAAAGAUGAAAUCAAGUAAGCACAAAUCAAAGAGUAAAAUUCAAGCACGGAAAGGUUGCUUUGCAGCUACCGAGUCUGCUACAUGUCUUGAAUUUCAGGUUUCUUUAUGGUUAAGGAAGAAGUUGAUGCUGACUCACAAAGGAAAUCCACUGGAAGACAGCAGUUCCCGGAUGAUGAUGUAAUAAUGGCAGCAACAACCCCUAACAAAGCUGUGCAAGUGGAGGGGACAUCUAUCAACUUUACAUCAACGCUCGUCCUCUGGAAUUUUCUUCCUUUGCUUUAUGUUGCAGUAGGCCUCAACAAGUUUUAUUCCAAUUCCUAAUUCUAUUAUUUGAUUAUCUUCAAAUUUUGUGAAUAAACCAGAAUUCAACCUUUUUUUUUU